UUGUCGCCAUAGCGUAAUGACAGUGCAAAAUUGAAAAGUAGUGUGUGUCACUCUGUUGUAGAAGAAAAAAUUUCUUAAUUUUUUAAUAUUUUUUUCGGGAAUUAUGUAGCAAUUCACAUCAGUGCUUCGACCAAAAAAAAAUUACCCCAAAUAAGGCUAAAUCGGUAAUAUUUGGAAUACGAAUUGAAAAAAAUGCAUUUUCGCUACGUUCAGAAAUUAACCGCUGCCCAUAACGGUGUUGUAACAUCCGGUGCAAUACCCAACACCUUAAAACCUUGCCCAUCAUUAAGAGUACUCAACACACAAACAAGUAAUUAUCAAAUAAUUAUGAAUAAUAAUCCAUUAAUGUUGAAAAACUUGGAAACAACGCACUCUUUUAAUUGCCAUCAAGAAUCAACAUCUUCUUCCAGUUAUGUUCGAUCGAAAUCGGUCCCACCAAACGUAAAAUUACACCAACUCAUACACGAUCUUAACAGCAACGUGAAAAAGAGUUGUGUUUUAAAGCUUUCGGAGAAGAAACGAAAAAGCACAUCGCUUUUUUCUUAUCCACAACAAAAAAGGGGAUACAGCACGUUCUUGGAGAAAAUUAAAAACUUUUUUACGUUCCGAAACGUGAAGAAUUUAGUGAACACCGAAGGGAAUCAAUCGGAAGUUGACGGGUUUUAUUUCAAAAUAAAACAGGAUUUCUUUUCGCCGGAUCGCAUUUGCAAAGAUAUGCCGGAAAUGAGGAUUCUAAAAUUACAAAAAGAUUAUUACCGCAAACACGGAAAAGCAUUCUUUGACAGGCGUAAAGAAAAUCUUGAAAUUGAAGAUUUUAUCGAAAGACAAAUCGAAAACGAAAUCCAAGAAAAUCUUAAAUUACAAGAAAUUAAUUUAGAAGAGGAACAAAUUGAGAUCGAGGAGAAACAUCUAAAACAAAUCAUUCCUUUGAAAGAGCCGAAUAAUAAACUUCAAGGUUUUGAAUGUAAAAAAAAUAACGCGUUGUCUCCGAAUGAUAUCGUUUUGGUUACGGAUAAAGAGAGGAGAUUAAUCGGUUGUAAAUAUUCCUCGCAAAUGAUGGACGUAAAUGAUGAGGAUAACAAAUCGAUUACGAUUAAUUUGAAGCCACCGCAAAGGAAUUACCAAAAAAGCUUAAAUUUCGGUGGUUUCGAUCAAGAUAAAGAACACACAAUGUAUUCAACCGAGCAAAUAACAUCGAUUCGGAAAAAAACCACUUUGGCCAGAUCAAUUAAAAUAUUUGUUAGCGACCGAAAUCAACAACGUUUAAGCAAAAAUGUUGAUAUACAAAGAAAUCGUUUUAACGUUUUUGAAAUGGCAACGAAGAGUUGUGAUGAAAAAUGUUUGAAAAUUGAAGAGGAUAGUCAACAAGAACAACAAGGACAACAACGAGAAUUACAACGAGAAUUACAACAAGAAAUACAACAAGAAUUACAACAAGAAUUACAACAAGAAGAAGAAAAGGUGAUGAGUUUUAAGGAAAAUGUAGUUAAACAUAUCGAAAUGAAUCGAUCACAGAUGAUGAAAAACCUGAAAAAAUUUGCAAAAAAUAAGGAAGAUAUCGAAAAAAACAUCAAAAAUGAAAAAGUAAAGAUGAAAUUUAAUUUCAAGAAUAACCACAUCGUUUAUAAAUCUUGGAAUAAUUACACAAAGCUAAAUAAACCUUGCUUGAGCACUACAACAGAAACUUUAAGUACGAAUAAAUCAAGAGAAAAUAAAUUCAAAAAUGUUAAGAAAGACAACAAUGAGAAAUUUUUAUCAAAAUUAAACGUAAAUGAAUUAAAAAAAAUUGAAGUGGCCGUCGAUGCUUUAGAAGAACACGUUUCGAAGAUUCCCCAAAUGUUUGAAAAGGUCCAUUUCAUCCCAGCCGAUGUUUUAGAGGAGCUAGGAAACGUCGAGGAUGAAAUCAAAAAAGAAAAGGAGGAAAAAUUCAAUUUGGUUAGGCUAAAAAGGAGCCAAGAAGCCGAAAGGGUCGUGACCCCGAUCAAAUUUUACGAAGAAAGAAAAGUCAAACCAAUUCAAUUAAUCGAAGAAGAACGCAGGAAGGUUAAACCGAUCACAUUCGACGAGUUAUCCAAAAUUGUAACAACGAAAGAAGUUAAAACCAAAAUCGGGGAUGUCCAACUUAAAGCGGAAGAAAAUAACGCGAUAAAACCAUUCCUUCAAUUAAAAUUUAAAGAAGCGGAGAGUGAAGGGUAUAAACCCAAGGUGAUUAAAAUCGAAAUCGAUGACGAAAAAUUAACCGUUUCUAAAUCUUUGGGUAAUAAUAAUAAUGUUAUUAAAAGUAAUUUAGAAGAAAAAGAUAAAAAAAUUAAUUAUAUAAAUAAUUACGAAAAGAAGUUAGACAACCCAAUUAACACGAAAAAAUUAGAUGACAGUGCCGAUAAAAAAGAAAUCUUUAUUAAUGUCAUUCAAAAUGAAUUAAAAAAUAACGAUUUAAAGGCGAAUGAAAUAACUAAGAAAAGUGUUAAUUUAAUCAAAAAGAUAGAUGAAGUAAGUAACGAAAAAGAAACUAAAUCUUUUAAUGUUUUAAGUUUUGAUUAUAAAGGGGAGGAUAAAAAGUUGGGAGUAAAAUUUUUCGACCCCGAAAUAAAAUUGAAAGAAAAAUCAAAAACAGCUCCCAAAGAAAUAAAACCAACCAAAAUAGUAGCCGCGGAACCAAUAGCUUACCAAAUAGGGGGCGGCCACAGUUUAUUGUGCCAAAUAAAAAACCUCCAAGACGCGAAAAUGAAGAAUACGAUGCGGGAUUCGAUUCGAUUCAUGGAUCAAGUUAAAGAAACGUUGAGAUGGGAUUUCGGGGAUUCCUACACGAAGGAAGUAAUACACGUUAACCCCGAUUUAAAAACAUCGACGACGCGGAUUUUACCCCACGACCCAAAAACGCCGUAUUCGCAAAUUUGGAUAAAACUGAACGAUUUUCGAAUAAUCAGCGUGCAAGCUGAUGUAAGAAAAAAAGAGGGGCAAAUGAUAAGGGGGUUGUUAAAAGAUCAAGGGAAAAAGCUGUUGUGUCCGUUCCAAAAUUUGGGGGGACUCCAAAAACGCGAUUAUCCCCCACAACUUGAUCGAGUAAAAAUCGAAAAAAAUCUCACAUUCUUUGAGAAUAAAAUUGAAGAUAAAGAAACGUAUUUAAUGAAUCAAUUUAGAAACUUAAACGAUAAAAAAAUUACGUUUCAACUCCGAAAAUACGCGCUUAAAAAAAAUCCACACUCCUUAUUCAUAUUAACGAAUAUUAAAAGAAUCGAAGUUUUAAUAAAAUAUUUCGAUUCAUCUUCAUCCGGAACUUCCGGAUCUAGUAGAUCCCCAGGAUCAAAUGGAUCUUCAGGAUCUAAAUCAUCCGGAAGCACCGGAUCGAAAAAUACAUCGAACGUGAAAAAAGCCGCUGAAGAAAGUACAAACGAAGAAAAAUACAAAGUGAGACGGAGAAGAGCGCAUAGGUGUGCGAAAAAAGAAAUAUCGACUCAUCCGGUUGGGAAGAAGAGGUCAAAAACGUGUAAGGACGAGGCUUUUGGAGAUACGUACUCGAAACAUCGCGCUAGAAUGUGUAAACCAAAAAUGAAGAAUGCGGCGGAAAGUGGUGUUAAAGAGUCUGUGGUGUUUGAAAAGAAGAAAAUGGAAAAAACGGCGGAGGAUGAGAUUGCUAAGAAGGCAGUAGAGGAGAAGGCGAAAGCGUAUAAGGAGUUGGUUCAUACGGUUUGGAAACCAAGAAAAGUUAAUCGAGCCACAACUUUAGCCCCAAGCCCCCCAAAACGCACCGAUUUUUUUGACACAGUAGGAGAUGCCCGAAUUGAAGUUGCACCUUACGGCUUAACAAUUCAACGACAAACUCAAGACGCUUCAUCUGGUUCAUACUUCUGCGAAUUUUUAGCUGUGCUAUUAUCAAUCAUUCUUUUCUGCGCAACGUUCCCAUUUUCGGUUUUUUUCUGCGUAAAAACCAUCAAAGAAUACCAACGAGCGGUUAUUUUACGUAUGGGUCGAUUAAAUAAAACCGAACUUCGUGGUCCCGGAUUAAUAUUCUUCUUAUUUUGCAUCGACGAAGUCAACGUAAUCGACAUAAGAACGAUUACGUUAAACAUCCCCCCACAAAGCGUCCUAACCAAAGACUCCGUUACAACGAACGUCGAAGCCGUCAUUUAUUACAGCGUUUCAGAUCCGAUCAAUUCGUGCGUUCGCGUAAAAAAUUGCAGCAAUUCAACCAAAAUCUUAGCGACGACCAUUUUAAAGAAUAUUUUGGGGACCAAGAAUUUAUCCGAGAUUUUGAGCGAUAAAGAAGCGAUUUCGUCCAAUGUUAAAUCACAGAUGGAAAAUGAUACGGAUAAUUGGGGAAUUCGAAUUGAAAGAGUUGAAAUUACAGAUAUCAAAUUACCCGAAGAUUUACAAAAAGUGAUGGCAGUUGAAGCUGAGGCUAUAAAAAAUUCGAGGGCUAAAGUUUUAAACGCUGAAGGUGAAUUGAGAGCUUCGCGAGCUUUGAAGGAGGCUUCGGAUGUAAUUAGGGAUAACCCGAUUGCUUUGCAAUUAAGAUAUCUACAAACGCUUAAUAACAUUGCGAGUAAUAAAACAACAACGAUUAUAUUUCCAAUACCUUCGGAUAUGUUUAAAAAGUCGUCUGGUCAUUUCUAAUGGAAGUGUUUUAUAUUUAUAUAGUUUAUUGUAUUAUAAUAAGGAAAAAAUAUACAUUAAAUUUAAACCCAAGAAUCAUUGAGCCACUAACAUAACACUA